AUGGCGCUCGUGGCCGUGGUGCCCAUGGAUGAGGCGCCUGAGGAUCCGAUUUCAGAGGUCCUGAUCCAGCCUGUUCCUCCAAUUGCUCUGAUUCUCCCACCUAUUCCCCCUCCUCAGCCUACUGUUCUGGUUACAGAGGCUUCAGUUGCUCCGGUUCCCCCACCUAUUCCCCCUCCUCAGCCUACUGUUCUAGUUGCUGGGGCACCUGCUCCGCUGGCAGCACCCGUGCCUCCGCCUGAGGCAAGUGCCGCCCCUCCCUUUUCGAUAGUAGCUAUAGGAGAUGAACAUUUCCAUCAGCUGAUGCAGCUUGUUGCCAUUGCAUUACAGACCCAUCAGCCAGCUACUGCCAAGGUUUUUGGGCAGUUUGAUUUACCACGUGUUAGUGCGAUUGCUCGAGAGUUCUAG